AGCUGUGCUAAUCAGACACAAGUCAGGUUAGACCAGUGUUGCUGCUCUUCUCCUGAAUCCCCUGCUGGAUUAAACACAACCUCCUCAGCCCCGUCGGAGCUGGGAUCAGUGCUCCCGCCGCUGUCUCUUCUAGGAGCUCUUGUGUGCCACACUCACUACUGUCGAGAUGGACAUGCAGCUGCAGGCAAGGAUGCUGCACUCAGUUCCUUGGGUUAUCUUCAGUGGGAUGGCUGUUCUUUGCCUCCUGCAAGGAGUGCCGGUGCGCAGCGGGGAUGCCGGGUUCCCAAAAGCCAUGGACAACGUGACGGUUCGACAAGGGGACAGCGCCAUCCUCAGGUGCACAGUAGACAACAGAGUGACAAGAGUAGCCUGGCUAAAUCGUAGCACCAUCUUAUACACUGGCAAUGACAAGUGGUCGAUAGACCCCCGUGUGGUGCUUCUGGCCAACACAAAGAGCCAGUACAGCAUUGAGAUCCAGAAUGUGGACAUUUAUGAUGAGGGACCCUACACCUGCUCUGUGCAAACAGACAAUCACCCCAAAACGUCUCGUGUACAUCUCAUUGUGCAAGUGCCCCCUCGAAUUGUUGAUAUUUCUUCAAGUAUUGCUGUUAACGAAGGCAGUAAUGUCAGCCUGAUUUGCAUUGCAAAUGGGAGACCUGAACCUGUAGUUAACUGGAGAUACCUGUCCCCUAAAGCGCGGGGUUUUGUAAGUGAAGAUGAGUACCUGGAAAUCACAGGCAUCACAAGGGAACAGUCUGGAAUAUAUGAAUGCAGCGCAUCUAAUGAUGUCUCAGCUCCAGAUGUCCGAAGGGUUAAAUUAACAGUUAAUUACCCACCAUACAUUCUGGAUGCACAGAACAUUGGGGCUCCCCUGGGCCAUCGAGGUAUUUUGCAAUGUGAAGCCUCUGCUGUACCUGCUGCCGACUUCUUCUGGUACAAGGAAGACAAAAGGCUGAGUGAUUCGUGGAGGGGGGUCAAAGUGGAAAACCGAGAGACCAUUUCACGUGUUACAUUCCUCAACGUUUCAGAACAGGACUAUGGAAACUACACGUGUAUGGCAAAGAAUCUACUUGGGCACAGCAAUGCCAGUAUUAUUCUGUUCGAAUUAUUCCAGUCCACCAGCUCACCCUUACUGCAAGAAGAGUCCACAGCGGCCUUGACCCCCCUUAAAGGACCUGGAGCAGUUCAUGAUGGGAAUAGUGGUUCAACUCAGUGCUCCUUCUGUGCUCCCCUGCUUAUUCUUCUUCUCCUGCUUCCUUUCUCUCUUCUGCUUCCCCCUGCUCAGUUUUGACACAUGUAAAGAGUCACGAAUGAUCCUCAGGGGAGGACAACAAAGAAACAACAACAAGUCUAAAGUCAAUAAAUAAUAUGAAGAAUUUAAAAAAUCUGAUGUUGCAAAAUAUAUGGAGAAAAAAAGAUUUAAAAAAAAUUGUUUAAAGUGGGAGAAUUAAAUCAGAAAACACCAACUGCACCUUCUGUCUGAAGGGACUGAUGCAGGAAAAGGCCAGAGGCAGAGCUGAGAACUGUGCUGCACCAGUUGACAUGCCAAAAACUGGCAACCAUGAAAAACAUGUGACUUUGUCCUUUACAUCAAAGAGCAUCCUGAACAGACCAUGACUCACCCCCAUCAAAAACCAUGGAGUUUACUGCUUCAUCUAAUCACCCAAGCUUUAUAUCCCUUUCACUGAUGGGUGGGGGUAGCCGACAUAGUAUUGCUCAACCUUUUUCAUGAUCAAGAUGCCUGCAGAGGAUAGCUCAACCUUACACAUUUGCUGAAAGAUCCAGCAGAGCAAUACUUAACCUUUCCCUGUUUAUGAGAGAGAUGUACAUCAGGAUAUCUUUCUCUUCAGCAAGAUAAGGGUUAAUGGAGCUACAACCAGCAGGUUUCUUUCAUAGGAAAAGGAUUGCAUUUCUUUUGCUGGAUUGUGUUGGUUGUCAGCGUGGAAUGUGUGCUGUAAUGUAGAAUGCUGUACUUGAAAUAAUGUGUCUAAGAUGGAUGAUUUUCUUCAUAAAGUAUAUAAGUUGGAAGUGGUACAACAUAAACAAUUUCAGUGAGAAAUGUGUACAUAAUUCUGAUCUGGUAUGACAUGUGCAUCAUAUAUUGAGUUAAAUACAGAAAAUAAUUUUCUCCUCUUAGCUGUCCUUCAUGUAAUUAAUCCCAUUUUAACAGCCAGGCAUAUUGAUGUGAAUAAAUGUAUAGUAAAACAAAUUCUACUAAAGAAUGAAUCCAGUUCUACUCGGCACAAACUAUAGUAGGGCUUGGCUGUGUAGGUUGAAGAGGUUGAACGCAUUGCAUUUGAUGGGAAAUAAUAACAAUAUGGCCUUAAACUUCUGCAAAUAAGCACACGAAGCAGGUAUUGGAACGCACAGGUUAAUGAAUUGGUAUGUAUAUCACAAAUAAAUGCAGGGAAUAAUCCCCUUUGGAAUAAAUUUAAAAAUUGUCUAAGAUAUGUAGUCUGCAACUUGACUGAAAUAUGAAUACUAGGUUUGACCAACAGAUUCUUAAAAUAAAAUAUUGCUUGUUUUACAGUUAACAGGAACAUUACAUACAAGUAGUUAAUGCAUAAUAGAACAAGCCAAGUAGCUUUGGAUCAAAUGGCUAUAAGUAAAACACCAGUAUCCAAAAUGAGUGCACCUGUUUGAUUAUGCACAAAAUAUCAACAUUAAUGUUUUAUUUAAUUUUUUUUGCAUAUGAGUUAGAGGAAGAGCCAGCAGACCAAAAGUGAUUGUUAGUGGUAUUUGCUAGUCACCAAACAGUGUGUGUGCGCUAUGCAUCACAUUAUGUUCUACAUCAGUUCUAUUGACCCUCUAAGACACAGAGCAAUGUAUAUAGCCGAAAUAUGACAUAUUGGCGAAUUGAUAAGGACUGAUAUAGGAGAGGUUUCUUAUAUGCCACUACAUCCCUUUUUAAGUCACCAUUAUUGGUUUAACCACACACAAGCAACAUUUACUAAGGUCCUAUACACUGGAGAGUACCUGCAUUCACCAAGAUGCAAACAUGGGCAGGUUUAGGUAGAGAUAUAUAUAGAUAUAUGAAGAAAGGAGACCAGCAACACCGAGAAUUCACUUUUCACUGUGUAUUAAAAGUGUAUGUACAACCGACGUGAUGUUGUGGUCCCCAAUGGAACCAAAAUGUCACAUCUGUUGCAUCUGCACUUUUGCUUGCCUUCUUUCUUUAUAUAUAUAUAUUAUAUAUAUAUAUAUAUAUAUAUAUAUAUAUAUAUAUAUAUAUAUAUAUAUAAAAUGUUUAUAUAUUUUCCUCUCUUAGCCAGCAAGGCAGUACUGUACUGCUAGAUCACAAUAUUGACAAAUCAUUUUUGCACACCCCUGAUAAAAAAUUGGUCACAUGGGUGUUGGUUGAGCAUGAUAGCAGUGUGGAUCUGCUAUAAUUUGUCCUGUUCGGUAUCUUUGUUUGCCAGACUUGUAACAACAGUAAAGAGUAUGGGACUGAUUUGAUUUAGUGGUCUAGAAUGCAAUAUGCAGAUGGUUGGAAAAUAUUUAAGUACUCCAGGGCUGCAGGUCAUAUUAAAGGCACCUGCCAACCAGACUUAAAAAGCUCUAUAAUAAAAGUUCUUUUCAAAUUAAACAUAAAACCAAAUUCAUGUGUAUCGGCAUCAAGUACCCCAUUCUUGCACAUAAACAAGAUUUUGGGUUAAUGCAAAUCUUGUCUUAAUAACAAUAAUAACAAAAUAUUUGCUAUGAUUGUGAAUUCCAAGACUGAGGGAAAUAAGAUUUAUAUCAUUUAUAUAGUGUAAGUAAAGUUUAUUUUGCCUGACUAGCACAAUAGAAAAGAAUGUGGAAUUAUUUCUUUGAGUGUCAGGUCCCCUUUAAGUGCUACAGACCCCAAGGCAGACAGCUCUGUUCUAGACAUGCAGAAUAGCGGAGACUGCACUUAACACCAUUCAUGUUGCACAACAACAUUGUCAACAUAUUAAUGUUACACAUCCUUAGUGGGGUCCCUUCGUCUGAAAUCAAUCCAAGGGAAUAGGCAGAGUAGGAAGCACAAAUAAAAACAAAUUUCUGGAUAUAUUUUCAGCUGGUCAGCUUCUUUUUUUCAAAAGGCAACAGGAGACUACCUUGCUGUAUUGUUGCUAUAAUCGGUAUCCUUUUAGGUAUGGUUUACCAAAAACUGUUACAGCCAUUAAUUCUAAUUUAUGUACUUUUGAUCUUAAACCCACUUCUCUACACAAUUAUUUGUAAUAAUUCUAUGUUUCCCAUGGUAUGUCUAAAUUAGUCAAGGCAAAACAUACUUAAAAACUAGAAAAAUUUCACAUAUGUUGAUGUUACCACUACAUGUUGAUAUUACAUUACUAGGCUUAAUCUGAAGCUGUCAGUACCAAGGGAAAGGUACUGUAGAUACUGACACAAGCAACUUUAAUCUUGGGACCUUUUUGGUAGAGUGUAUGAUAAAAAGAAUUGUAUAGUCAAUGCUAUUUAUUAACUGGUGCCCUGUAUAUUUUGUGUGUAUGUAUGUAAAAUGAUACAUAUUAUGACUCUUGAAAUUAAUCAUUACUAAUAGGUAAGACAUUUUUUUUAAAAAUGUAUAAUAGUGUGUGCAUAUCUCACUGAAAUUUCAAGUGCAUGCUAUUUCCUACCUGUUGUUUCAGAAAUCUGUUACCCCAAUUUGCUGCCAGAGGCAUUUGCGAGGGAAGAAAUAUGUUUAUGUAUAGGGGAAUAAUUCUGGUAUGUCUUAAUAUGACUCUUGUUCAGAAUUAUGUUUUUUUGCUGAACAUUUUGCACCAUUUCUUUAAGUCCAAUUUAAACCUUACAUGAAAGGCUAAUGUCCUCCUAUACAAAACACAGUCAAAUAGAAUAUUAUUCAGUAAGACAUUGUGCCAAUGUGACUGGUGAGUGGUUUCAGAUAUAGCAUAAGGAUGCCCACCAUAAUAAAAAUUAGAAAGAUACUUGUUGCACAUAGUUGAUACAUAGUCGUGUGCCUACAUAUAUGGUUCCUUUCCUAAAAGCAGCAAGGAAUGCAGAGCAAGCAUCUCUUUAUAUUUCAGCCUAUGUCUUUACCAAUGCCACUUCGACUUUGUAUGCAUAUUAUGUUUGUAAGUGAACUCUAAAAUGUUUUACUUUGAUAGAUAAGAUAUAAUAUUGUAGCAAUUCUGCAUAUACUAAUGGCACGGUGCUAUUUAGAUCUUUUUUUUCACACAUUAUUCCACCUGCCAUGUGUUAUAAUCUACACAUAGGAACAUUUUAGGUAGACAUAUACAGAAGGAAUCUGGAGUACAAUUCUUUACUUUCAGCCAUUGCAUUGGUAUUCUUUGUUGGUACUCCCAUAUUUCAUACCUAAAUCUAACUGUAAUGUUCAAGGCAGAAAUGUUGCAGUUGUCUUUACUUUAAUGAGAAGGUUAUAAUAUGUAUCCAAAGCAAGAAUUCAGCAUCACAUGACCUUGCCUUUUACAAACAGUUUAUUUAAGACUGUAAAAGAAUAUGAACUAGUAAAAUAGUGUGAGUGGCUACUGCUGUCAUUUAAAAUAUGGGAAUAGGUGUUGCAGUGCUUCUAAUAGAGGUGUAAGUGAAUGAUACAGCAAAUUAAGAUGCAAAAUAACAAUUUACACUUCCAUUCUCCAGCGAUGUUGUUUACAAUUGCCUGUUAACUAUAUAGUGGACACAUUUUUUAAUUCCCAUUGAACUUUUUAUUUUAGUUCUAGUAAUGAAUAGUCUCCUAUAUUUUUAAAGCAGCAGAAUAAUGAUACUUUGCAGGCACUAGCCAGAGAAUCUUACACAACCGAUAUAACAUUGACCCCUUUAAUUGGUAACUUGUAGAUUGUUUCCUGUGUUUCCUGUUGACUCUACAUAAUUUAGAGUGGCCCUAUUUAUCUCCUCAAUUGUGACUCUGUUAUGAAACACUUGCACAUUAAUGGCUUUUAUUGAUAUUGGUGAGAAUAUAACAAAGUGCUCAUAUGGGAGUAUUCCUCUUCUCACAAAUUUUCUUCAUACUCAGCUAUGUUCCCUGCCCUGUAUUUAUUAACUGACCCACUCAGAGUGGUUUAAAAUAAAAAAAUAACUGUGUGACAACCAUCCCAAUAUUCUCUAGUAAGCCUUUGUCAGCGGCUCCCAACUCCAGUAAUCAAGGACUAACUAGUCUUUAUAUCUAGAUUGUACGCUCUUUGGGGCAGGGUUUCCUUAUUACAUUAUGUCAUCAUCUGUUGGCUGCUCUUCUCUUGUUGUUUGUUAAUGUAUUAUAUUUUCCCUAUAUUUGUAAUAUUGUAAAGAGCUUCAUACACUAUUAACAAAAUAUAAAUAAAAUAAAACAUACAUACAUAUUAUUGCUUGAGUGUAGGUGCAUCGAUAAUGUGCUAUGUUGUCAACAUGUCGGCUUAAUGCUGGUCUUAUUGCUUAGCCUGAUAAUGGCAUAAUGGUCUUUGAGGACUGGAGUUGGGAAUCACUUGUUUCCAUGGCCAAAAUGUGUUCAAAUUAUGUAAAAGAAACACCUGCUGUUAGACAAAAAGCAAUAGUUCUUGAAAAUUUUUUGGCAUAGCCUCUGUAUAAUAAGUUGUUUAUUAUCUAUAAAAAGUAUCAUUCUGUAGCUGGGAACAGGAGGGGUUUAAUUAUAAAGAGGGCUUCUCAGUGGAUUGCUGAUUUGUUUAGCCUUUCUUAUUGGGACCAGGAAGUCUAGUUUAAUUCUAAAUUGUACAAAAAACAAAUAUUUCCUAAUUGAAACACUAGGCAAAAAGGAUGUUCAGCACAAGCCCCACUCAUUGAGCUUUUGUUUCAUAAUGGACAUUUUUGUAAUAUCAUCUGAGAAUGAUGGAACUAGUGGGUGUACUUUUUGUGGGAACAAAUGUUGGCUAUAGAAAGCCUUUUGUACUUAGAGCUUCUAAAUGGGAUAUCAGAUUAUUACACACAGCUGAAGACAGCAAUAUGAAAUGCAGAGGAAAUAUAAAUUUAAAUUGUCUAGUUACUUGUUCCAGUUUUGGAAGAGUCUUCCAGUCAAACUAUUUAUUAUAGCAAUCAGCAUACCAGGAUUCGCAUUUCUAGAAUAAACCAUUUCCCCCAUUCACUCUUAUGAAUGUUCUGAUUUACAACUUGUGGUUUUUACAAGAUCAAACUGAAUGGUCCGCUUUAUUGUAAGCACUGGUUCUCCUAUAUGGCUUUUUGGGAUUUGCAAUAAGAACUUCUAAGCUGGAUUCCUAAGGGGCAUAUUUAUUAUGCUGUGUAAAAACCAGCGAGAAAAUUCACCACACAUCGCCAGGCUUAGCUGUGUAAAAAUGGCGUAAAAUCGGUGUAAUUUUUUACGUAUUUUUUCUUCCGCCAGAACUUACGUAAAAUACCGGCGU